AUGCAGCAGCAGCAGCAGCAGCAGCAGCAGCAGCAGCAGCACAAUGACAACACAGUAAGGGCUGCGCAGCGGCAGGAAGGGCCGCGAGCUUGCCUCCCGGUACCUUCUGUGCCCAGCGUACCACGGCCUCCUGCUGGAGCGCGUUGCCUCAGGCAGUCCUCGCAGCCCCGGCCCGCUCCCCGGCCCCAGAGGCCUACAUCUGCCAGGAUGUUAGGUGUCCUCACCAGGGGCUGCUUAGAUGUGGGAUCCCAGUUCGAACUACAGGCAGGUGGAGAGGACGCUGGGUCUGGCCGACAGUCAUCGCUGCGCACGCAGAUGCACAAGCAGGCGGAGAAGACCACCCGCGUACGUACAACGGUGCUCAACGAGAAGCAGCUGCACACUCUGUGGACUUGCUAUGCCGCCAAUCCCCGGCCCGACGCGCUUAUGAAGGAGAAGCUGGUGGAGAUGACCGGCCUGAGUCCGCGGGUCGUCCGCCUCUGGUUUCAGAACAAGCGCUGCAAGGACAAGAAGUCAAUUCUCAUGAAGCAGCUGCAGCAGCAGCAGCAGCAGCAGCAGCAGCAGCAGCAGCAGCAGCACAAUGACAACACGAGCCUCCAGGGACUGACCGGCACACCCCUGCUGGCCCAUCCGCCCAUCCGCCUUGAGAACGCAGUGCAGGGCAGUGCAGUGGAGGUGCAGACAUACCAGCCGCCCUGGAAAGCACUAAGCCAGUUCGCGCUUCAGAGUCACCUGGACCAACCCGCCUUUCAGCAGCUGAUGAGGCUCUCUGAGUCCGGCUCCCUAGGCAACUCCUCUGGCAGCGACAUGACCUCCCUGUCCUCGCAGCUCCCGGGUACUCCCAACAGUAUGGUGCCAAGUCUGGUGGAGACAUGA